AUGGCGUCGCGCGGGCGGGUCGCCUUGCACGGAGGUCACUUCGGACGCGUGUCACUCUCCACGGCGCGUGCUCCCACCUUUUUCUCAAUCGCCCAGCGUCAAGCGCCACCCCACCGUCCGCGCCCGCAGCCAGCUAGCGAGAUCAGCAUGUCCCCCGCUUCCCUGGACCAAGAGUACCCUGCGACGCAUCGCGACGCGUUUUGCAUUCCGACCUUCGGCUCAAUGGGCCUGCCGCUGCCCGCGGCCGCCGACCCCACCGCCCCUACGCACUACCUCUGCGGCAACUCGCUCGGAUGCAUGCCGCGCAGCACCCGGGCAGCGAUCAAUCGCGAGCUGGACGCGUGGGCGGAGCGCGGCGUGGAGUCGCAUUUCCGGCACAGCGGCGAGCCCGACGGAUUUACGUCGUGGGUCGACAUCGACUUGCCGCUGUCGAGGCUCAUGCCGCCGCUCGUGGGCGCGCGCGAGCACGAGGUCGCGGUGAUGGGCUCGUUGACGGCCAACCUCAAUGCGCUGUUGGUGGCGUUUUACCGGCCCACCGCGUCCCGCUUCAAGAUCUUGUGCGAAAAGGGCGCGUUUCCUUCCGACUUCUACGCUUUCUUCAACCAGUGCGCGCUGCACGGGCUUCGCGCCGACGACGCGCUGGUGCGGCUCGAGCCGCGUGCGGGCGAGACGUAUUUGCGCACAGACGACGUUCUUGCCGCCAUCUCCGAGCAUGCAGACUCGCUUGCGCUCGUCUGCCUGCCCGGCGUGCAGUAUUACACGGGCCAAUGGUUCGACAUGGAGCGCAUCACACGUCAUGCGCACCAGUUCCCCAACGUGGUUGUUGGAUGGGACUUGGCGCACGCCGUGGGCAACGUUCCGCUGCAGCUGCACGAUUGGGGGGUCGACUUUGCGUGCUGGUGCUCCUACAAGUACCUUAACGCCGGGCCCGGCGGUAUCGCCGGCGUCUUUGUGCAUGAGCGGCACGCCGGCGGCGCCAGCGGCGCCGACACCGGCCCCAGCGACAGCGACAGCAAGAUAGCCGCCGAGCUGAUGCCCCGUCUCGCCGGCUGGUGGGGUAACAACCGCGAGCGCCGGUUCCAAAUGAAAGAGCAUUUCGAGCCGAUCCCCGGGGCCCUCGGGUUCCGCCAAUCCAACCCCAGCGUCGUGGACGUGGUGGCGCUGCGCGCGUCGCUGGAGAUCUUUCGCGAUUUCGGCGGCAUCGACGCCGUCCGUAAGCGCUCCCUGUUGCUCACCGGCCGUUUGCUCGAGCUGUUGCAAGCGUCGCGGUUCUACCAUGCGCGGCCGCCGGCGGCGGCCGCACCUUCGGCCGCACCCGGCUUCACGAUCAUCACGCCCCUGGACGCGCGCGAACACGGCGCGCAAUUGUCGCUUUUGUUCUUCCCGCACUCCGACGACGCGCGUCGCGACACAAUGGAGCGCGUUUUUGCGUACCUCAACCAGCGCGGCGUGAUUGUGGACGAGCGCCGGCCCGACGUGAUCCGCAUCGCGCCCGCGCCCCUCUAUAACACGUUUGAGGACGUGGAGCGUGCUGCUGCAUUGCUCGAAGAGGCGUUGGCGUCGCUGGAGUAG